AUGGAUAGACAUGUAUAUAUUAGGCAAUUGAGAGGUCAUAUCGGGCUGUUUGAUGAGCAAAUUGAGCGGAUAAGCGAAAAGAUAGCAUAUGGACAAAUAGCAUGCGAGUUGAGAUCAAAGCGGAUGUAUUCGACCAAAAAAGGAAGCCAGGAGAACCAUUAUAGAAAUCUCAAUUUGGGGCCGAAUGCAAAAUUGAGGGAAAUUAAAAGAAGUUUCAAGAAACUGAGCAUGAAACUUCACCCGGAUAAAUUGCAGUCGCAAAAGCUGAGUGAGGAAGAUAUGGAGCGCAAGAAGGAGGACUACCUGCGCAUCAAGCGCUCGUACGAAGUUCUCUGUGACCCAGCGGCCAGGCGCGCAUAUGACCGGACGUUGGCAGUGGAGCAGGCGCGCACUGCGCAGCAGGAGGCGGCGCUCCGGGCGCGUGGCGCACCGGGAUACCACUACACGCGGUACGGUGCGCGGAAUUACGAGCGCACCCCAGACUUUAACAGGGAGCGGUACUUCAAGUGGAAUAUGGCGAACGAGCAGCGGAUGCGGGAGCGCAAGAUUACCCAAUGCGGCGAUCUUUUCCACCAUGAUUUGAAUAAUAUUGAUCUUUCGAUGGGUGUGCGCAAGGACCUCCGCCGAUUUUCGCGGCAGUCGGACGAGGAUGCGCGGCGGCGCGAGAUGCGGUUUCUACGGCGGCUGGCGCUAACGGUGGUGGGAUUGAUGGCGUUGUGGGAGCUCACAUUGGGUCAGGCGUGGGAUGCUAAUGGGACAAAGCCGGCGAAAAAUAUUUCAAAGCACAAAAAUAAUUCCAACCAGGAAAGGGCAUAUCGGCAGUACGGAAAUAAUGAGUAUAGCAGUAUGAUUAUUGCAAAUGCAUUAGGGGGUGGAAAAGGGGAGACGCAGAAAAUAGAGUUAAAGGCUGCCGAAAAUGGACAGGGUAGCUAA